GCAGACACUUGUUGCUUUUAACCAGAACAGUCAGAGAUUGUAUUGUGCGUUACUGUGAGAGCGUGGGCUCCAGAGACAAACAUUUGCCUUAUAGGCACUGGAGAUAUGAACACCAUCGACGCGCAGAUCCAUAACAAUAGUAACGCUGCUGUCAACCCUCUUCAGCAACUGCCAAAAAGCGCGCACGAGACAUCGGAUAUGGCCGUGUAUUGUGACAACUUCAGUGUUUACCACCAACAGAGUCUACCUGCGGCGCAGAGACCGGCGGGCUACGGCCUGGGGGACUACGCGACCCCAAACCCAUACCUGUGGCUCAAUGGACCCAGUGUCAACUCGUCUUCGUCUUACAUACAUGGCAACAACAGCGCGUCAUUCAUCCCUCCGGCUUACGGCUCUCAGAGGCAAUAUCUCACCAACUCCUCCGGCUUCGCCGGUCCGGACCUAGGCUGGCUCUCCAUUGCGAGCCAAGAGGAACUUUUAAAGCUCGUUCGCCCGCCCUACUCGUACUCAGCUCUGAUAGCUAUGGCAAUACAGAACGCACACGAGAAGAAGUUAACUUUGAGCCAGAUAUAUCAAUAUGUGGCGGAUAACUUUCCGUUUUAUAAAAAGAGUAAAGCGGGAUGGCAGAACUCCAUCAGGCACAACCUUUCCCUGAACGACUGCUUUAAAAAAGUACCGCGGGACGAAGACGACCCAGGGAAGGGAAACUACUGGACUCUAGACCCCAACUGUGAAAAGAUGUUUGACAACGGCAACUUUCGUCGAAAAAGGAAGCGCAGGUCUGAUUCCAGCACAGGUGUUGCCAGCAACACAAAACCGGAGGAUGAUCGACAGCUCGCAGGGAUCAAACCCACCGACAGCCCUCACCUCACCGGACCCGCAUCUCCUGACACCGACGCGGCCAAUGACAGCCACAAGGGCGCAUCUCCGGCAGGCCUCUCGAGCGCUCCGUGCUUCAACAAUUUCUUCAACAGUAUGUCAGCCUUAAGCUCGUCCUCAGCUCCGACCAGCAGACAGGGCUCUCUUGGACUGGUAAACGAACUCUCCAGCCGAAAUAUCAGCGCCUUGAGCCCGUACCACGCCAGCUCAGCACCUGACGCAGGUGGGGCGGCUGAGCUGCAGGACAGUGUGCAUGUGAACCGUGGAAUGUACUAUAACUCUUUUACUGGCGGCCAGAGCGCGCAGUUCAACGGACACUUCUACAACAGUUUUAGCGUGAACAGUCUCAUUUAUCCUCGAGACGGAACGGAGUUAUAAAUCGGUCAUGUUCGUGAAUACCUAGGCCUACUACACGUAUAGUAGGCCUAUUUUUUAUAAAAAUAAAAAAACAUAUUAUUUCAACAAUGUGUAGGCCUUUGAGCUGCUGAGAUGCGACAGGCCUCAUAAACAGAUAACAUUUAAACGCGACAUUUACGCACUGACAACCACCAAAUGAGUCAAAACACAUUUUAUUCUGUGAAAAAUCUUGUGCAUUAUUUUAGCAGAUUUCCAUAUCAUGUGCCAGUUUUUUGAUCAUGCACUAAUUUAAAUGGAUUUAUGCUUUUAGUUUGAAUUUUUAAUAGUCUUAAACAGUAGUUUGAUGGAGGGAUUGCCUUGGUAUUGCCAAGAUUCAGUAUUGUCCAUUAUCGAAAUACCUACUCUGUCUUCCCCCCUUUCUAUUGUGUAUUUUUGUAAAUGCAGUUGUUUUGUUAUAUACACUUGUUUUUAACUAUUUAUAUUAAGUUAUGUAUCUUGCAGUUUGUCCUUUAAGGAGAGAACUAUGUGGUCUGGUAAGCUAUGAACCGUUAAAAUUAAACUUUUACCUGCAAUGUAAGGUAAAAAGUGAAUUACUGAAUGUCAUCAUACCACUAACUCAGUUGAUUUUUAAAUGAUAAGUCAUAGACGAUGAUCUUUACACGGAUAAAAGUCACUACAGUUAUUUUUUCCCCGCAGUUUCUGC